UACCUCUGCUCACCCAAGGCUUUUGAAAAAUACCGAUAAACUAAACACAGGUCGUAUUCCUGAAACAAUCAUUCGGUCAUGCUGCGCACCUGCCAGACCUCGGCUCCCGGACCGGACUGUUGAAGAAAAGACAGGCAACUUUUGGGGAAGAAGUUGCCAUCAGAUCGGUUGUUGAAGCAGGGGUGGAGGGGCAAACUAAGUCCCUCCAUCGAGUAGAAGCACCUUUUUUUCUUCACAUUUUCAUCCUUGAUAGGAAGGCGAAACGGCGACUUCAGUUGAUUAUCUGUCUUUCCUUUGCUAUCCAAUGGAUAUUCACUGCAAAGCAGACCCCUUCACCGCGAUGCACCGGCACGGAGGUGUGAACCAGCUCGGCGGGGUGUUUGUGAACGGCAGACCCCUCCCGGACGUGGUGAGGCAGCGCAUAGUGGAGCUGGCCCACCAGGGCGUCCGGCCCUGCGACAUCUCCAGACAGCUGAGAGUCAGCCACGGCUGCGUCAGCAAGAUCCUGGGCAGAUAUUACGAGACUGGCAGCAUCAAACCAGGGGUGAUUGGUGGCUCGAAACCUAAAGUGGCCACGCCGAAGGUGGUGGACAAAAUCGCAGACUACAAGAGACAAAACCCAACCAUGUUUGCUUGGGAGAUCAGAGACAGACUGCUGGCAGAGGGCGUCUGCGACAACGACACUGUCCCCAGCGUCUCAUCCAUUAACAGGAUCAUCCGUACAAAAGUCCAGCAGCCUUUCCAUCCAUCUCCUGAUGGGUCAUCCCUGACACCAGGCCAUACUAUAGUACCAAGCACAGCCUCUCCGCCUGUAACCAGCGCUUCCAACGACCCUGCAGGAUCCUACUCCAUCAAUGGGAUUCUGGGUAUUCCACGAUCCAACGGUGAAAAGAGGAAAAGAGAUGAAGAUGGUUCAGAUGGUUCUGGCCCAAACAGUGAUUCUCAGGGUAGUGUGGAGAGUUUACGGAAACACCUUAGGGCAGAUGCCUUCACCCAGCAGCAGCUGGAAGCGCUGGACCGGGUCUUUGAACGCCCCUCGUACCCUGACGUCUUCCCCACAUCGGAGCACAUCAAACCUGAACAGGCUAAUGAGUACUCGCUCCCUGCCCUGAAUUCCAGCCUGGACGAAGUCAAGCCCAGUUUAUCCUCUAGCGUCCACCCAGACCUGGGCCCCAGUGUGUCGCAAAGCUACCCUGUAGGUCGGGAUAUGGCCAACACAACCUUACCUGGGUACCCCCCUCACGUUCCCCCUACAGGCCAGGGCAGCUACCCGACCUCCACGCUCGCUGGAAUGGUUCCUGGGAGUGAGUUUUCAGGGAACCCCUACAGUCACCCACAGUACACAACCUACAAUGACGCCUGGCGAUUCAGCAACCCAGCAUUACUAAGUUCCCCUUAUUAUUAUAGUGCCGCAUCGAGAGGCUCCGCCCCUCCCACUGCUGCCACUGCCUAUGACCGUCACUAG